CCGCAGUCCAGCCGCAGAUCGCCCGAGCGACGAGCCUACCUUGGUGCCUGAGGCCUAAUUUAUUUGUGCUGAUGUGUUGAUUUAUACAGAUAGAUAGCAUUCUAGGUGCUAGAAUUAAUCGAUUUACGCAGUCUUUAACUUGUGGAUAAUGAGGGAAAAGCGUUACAAAACUUUUGUGUGAACAUUGUUUAUAUUUUAAAGGAAAUUGCGUCCGUUUCCCGCAGGCCUUGUUGACAAGAGGCAGCCCGGCCGACGGAGCCACGGCAGCCGAUCGAAUCUCCGGGAACGGCGACUUUUCGAGUGUUGUGAUGAAAUCUAAUCUUACGGACGCUGCCCAAUAUAUGGACCAAACAAAGUGACCAAGAGAAGAAUUAGAGAGUGAUAACAAGAAAAUCCAAUUUCAAAAGAACAGAAAAACAGACACCGGAAGGAAAACCCCGGAAGAACCCCAACCAACAACAAGCUAUAAUCUAAAACAUGGAGGAUUUGAACAGCACCUGAUACUUCUUCAAAUAUCCAGCAUAGUGCAAGUUACAGGAAUUGUUGAGUUUGGAAAAUCCUCAUUAUUGCUUCGGUGGGCAACCUCCUGUCAUCAUGGAUGAAGAACACUGUGAUGAACACAGUGUAUUGCUGCAUGACAAGACACCUGAAAGAAUUAAAAUUAAGGUAGAAAACAAUAUGGACUUUGGUGAUGAGAAUUACCAAGAAAUAGAUAAAGAAAUUAAGGAAAUUGAUUGUAUCUAUAUAAAAGUGGAAAAUGACAAAAAUAACGAAGGUGAAUGUUCAGCAUCUGAAGAAAGUAGACAUAGUGACAAUGUAGUUGAAAAUAACAGUGCUUUUGAAGGGAAAACUGAAAAUAUUUGCAUUUAUGAAAAAAAUAAUAUCUAUAUAAAGAUUGAAAAUGAUGUAGAUAUCAAAGAUGAGGUUCCAUAUUCUGAAGAUAUUGAAGGUUUUAACAAAACAGGUAGAAAUAAUUUUGAUGAUUGUGAAUAUGAAAAUAAGGAACUUAUGAAUGAAGAUCCUUUAUUACCACUCCCAUGUGAGAAUGAGGAUUGUGAUGAAAUAUACACAGCAAAAAGUAAUCAGGGGAUGCACAAAAGAGUGUACAUGAAAGGGAAGCCUUAUAGCUGUGAUGUAUGUAAUAAGUCAUUUGCCAGAAAGGAUCAUCUAGUGAAUCAUAUUCGAUUACAUACCAAGGAAAAGCCUUAUUGUUGUGAAGUAUGCAGCAAAGCAUUCUCUGAGAGAGGCACCUUAGUGAAACACAUGCGAAUACACACUAAAGAGAAGCCUUUCAGUUGUGAAGUAUGUAGCAAACCAUUCUCAGAGAAAGGGCAUCUCUCAAGACACAUGAGUGUACAUAUAAAAGAAAAGACUUUUAUUUGUGAGAUAUGUAGCAUGGACUUCUCACGGAAAGAUUAUUUAAUAAGCCAUAUGAGAGUGCAUACAAGGGAGAAGCCUUUUAAGUGUGAAAUAUGUAGCAGGACUUUUGCAAGGAAGGAUCAUCUUGUGACGCAUACCAGGCUGCAUACAAGGGAAAAACCAUAUAGUUGUAAAACAUGCAACAAGACUUUCUCUGAUAAAGGACAUCAAAUGAAACACAUGCGUAUACAUACAAAGGAGAAGCCUCAUUGCUGCAGUGUAUGUGGUAAAGCUUUCUCUGAGAAAGGACAUCUAGUCAGACACAUCAGAGUACAUACAAAAGAAAAGCCUUACAGUUGUGAGGUUUGUCAAAAGGCAUUCUCUGUGAAAAGUAUUCUAGUGAAACACAGGAGAAUACAUGUAAAGAAAUCUUAAAUUGCAGUGCUGCAUGGGGUGCAGUCAAGAAUGUUGUCCAAGUAACACAAAUGAAAGUGUAAAUAAAGAAGAGAUAUUGCAAAUGUAAUUGAUAUGUUAGUGUUCAGUGGAUUAGUGAGUUAAGGAACAUGAGUAGUAAUCUAGUGUUCAUGAGUUCAAGCCUCUCUGUUUCUAUGAAUGAUUAGGAAAACAACUAUUUUUUGCACAUGGGAGGUGGUGCUCUACCUGUAGGUUGAGGCCAUGUGUCAUCCAACGUCUGUCCACCUAAUUACUACUAUUAUAUUCUGUGGAACGCAUGACACGAUACUACAUUUAAAUGGCAAUCUACCAAUAUGUCCACCUUACUAUUACUAUUAUAAUUUUUGUGUGGACAUUAUCCUACAUUCAAAUGACAACAGGAAAUGAAUCACAAAAUCUAAGUGCUAAAAAGAGAAUAUAAAUGCAUGUAUAUGUUUGUAUAUGAUAUAUACAUGUAUACAUACUUAAAUGGUAUUUGUUACCAAGAGCGACACAUGCCAUAGAGGUGAAGUCCCAAAACCAGGCUAUCAUGCGAACCCAAAAUCCAAACCUAACCUUUCCUACAUUCUAUUUAUUCCCUAGACAGGUGGGCAAGCCCCCCUGUAUUCCCCCUUUAUUAACACUGUGCCUGCAUGAAAAAAACAUUACAUUAAGAGCUCCGGCUGCGCGAGGGUGUUUUGGACUUCAUCUCUAAGCAGUGAUAUGCAGCGGAUACUUUUGUAAUUUUGCAGUAAAUAUGAGGCCGCUGCAGCUGUA